CACCCCCUCAGUUCCCAGAUGGGGACAUUUCAGUGACAAAGGGGAGGAGGAGUGGGAGAAGAAGAGGAGGAAGAGAGCAUUGUAAUGCUUCCUUCUUGGGGCUUUUCAUCUGGCCUGUGACAUUCCAUUCCCACCCCUCCUCUAACUGGCCGUUUCAUUGAGUAACUUUUUCUGAUUGAGUGCACCUGGGCAGAAACUCCUCCCAUAUUGGCCCUGGUCAUUGCUAUGUCGUGUUGUUUUUUUUUUUUUUUCCUUACAAAAAACAAGGGGAGCCCCUAUUCCUUUGAGGUAGAGGUGGCUGUUGAAGUGCCCAGACAGAUCAGCCAACAUUCCAGGAACCGCUCUGAUCUAGUGCUCACCUGCCCCUUUAGAGGACAGCCGGCUCGUCACUGACUGGCUCCUGGGCCCUGGAGGUUCAGGAUGACUCAGCUCUGGGCAUGGCAGUCCCGGCCAGGGGCGAGGCCGAGGUAUCCCUCAAAAUGCCCUGCUCGCCAGGAGCUCCCUUUCCCAGGGUACAAGUUCACACCCUUACCUUCCUGGACGGGCAGUCUCUGUGUGCCUCUUCCUCAGUAAAUCAACUCGUAAAUCAACACACCCUCUCGGACUAGCACGAGAGGCAGAAGAAGGAAUCAGUGAAGAGCAGGGACUCUGCAGACUGCCUGGGUUGAAUCCUGCUCCUGCUACUGACGUCCUGUGUGAACUUGGGCAAAUUAUUUAGCUGCCCUGAGUAUUAGUUUCCUUUUAUGUAAAAUGGGGGGAAAUAAUCAUAUACUUCUCAUAACGUUGAUGGGGAACAUUGAAUACCUAUUGGGUACCCAGGUAUUGUCCCUGCAGGUAUUGUACCCAGGUACCCAGGACACAGUGAGCUCUCCAUAAAGGACUGAUAUUAUUAUUUUAAUGUUUAUUUAUUUUUGAGAGACAGAGUGUGAGUGGGAGAGGGGCAGAGAGAGAGAGGGAGACUCAGAAUCCGAAGCCGGCUCCAGGCUCUGAGCUGUCAGCCCAGAGCCGGACCUGGGGCUCGAACUCACAAACUAUGAGAUCAUGACCAGAGCCAAAGUCAGACACUUAACUGACUGAGCCACCCAGGUGCCCCAAAGACUGAUAUUAUUGCUGGUGGUCACAGCCCAGUGCUGGGUCUCGUAGAAGAGACACACAUAAAGGACACAGUCCCCUCCUUAAGAAGAGGCAGCAUACAGUUAAAAAGUGUAUGGUUUGGGGGGAGCUAAGCGGACCUUCAGUACGUUAUUUAAUUCCAUUGGUACGUCAGUUUUCCCAUCCCCAAAACAAUUCUUAGAGGGUGAGAUGGUGGAUGAUAAACACCCUGCUCGGUGCCUGCCACAUUGUUGGCUCUCAAUACAUAUGGAUUCUCUUUCCCUUUCUAGGAGCUACACUCUGGAUAGGGACAGAGAGCAGAUCCAGAACCAACCAGCCAAAUGUUUAGUUUUAGGGCAUGUACAGUUGGAUCCACAGAAGUUUGGAGGCCAGAGGAUUGGUUCCUGUAGUUGGAUUGUUCUAGGAAGGUUUCUUGGGAGAGGGUGGACCCUAGUUGGGUCUGAAAGGAUGACUAAAUAAAUGGAGCAGAGAGCAUAAAUGGGCUGACCAGUGGUAGAAGGGGGAUUGAAGAGAUAAGGAGGGCAGUGAGAGGUCCGGUCGUGUUUGUAGAGGUCUGCAUAGAAGAAGAUUGUUUCCUUUCUCAUAUUGUCUAACUGGAAUUUUCUGUGCUAACUUACAUACCUCUCGCUGUAGUUGAAGACAAGUUCUCUUAGAAGGACCAUGGUUAUUUCAGACUAAAUGAGCUUUUGGUGUUUUUCUUAAGCACUUUUGUGCUUGAUAUUGGGGUAAAGACCCGGCGAAUUUCCUUAGAUGAAAGGUGAAGGAAUUCUGAGGGCCAAUUCCCAGUGAAGUUUUUUGACCCUGAAUGUCCCAAAUAAGGCAUACUGUGAAGUGCAAGGACCAGGCCAAGGGGUGCUUAGAGCAGAGAAGUGAGUGAUAAAGAAAGAACUGAUUGUUAAAUCAGUGUCAUGGACAUUUGGGUGAUAAUUUGGGAAAAGUAAGGCAACAGCCCCACUUAAUAAGAUAUCAUGAAUAAAUGUAGGUAACAAUUUACACAUUAUAAAAAACCUGGAGCACCUGGGUGGCUCAGUGGGUUAAGCGUGCGACUCUUGAUUUCACCUCAGGUCAUGAUCUCAGUGGUUCCUGAGGUUGAGUCCCGUGUUGGGCUGUGUGUUGCAGGCUCUGUGCUGACAGCUUGGAGUCGGCUUGGGAUUCUCCCCCCUCUCCUGCUCCUCCCCUGCUUGCAGGCUUGUGCACAUGCGGGGUCUCUCUCUCAAAUAAAACAAACAAACAAAAAAACCCAACAACCCAACUUUAUAGUAUGUACUCUUGGAAAUGCAGAUUUUGGGGGCCUCAUUACAGACUUGAAGAAUGAAAAGCCCUGAGGCCGGGCCCAGAAAACUGCAUUUUCAACAAGUUCCCUCGGUGAUAAAAAAAAAAAUUCACCUAUAAAUAUUUCCUAUGCUUUCUUGUAAUGCUUCUAUAUAUUAAGAUGGGCAAAAAAAGCAUGAUUCAAAGGCAUAAGUCAUUAUAGAAAAUAUCAAUAGAUAAGGCUAUAUAAAAUAAAAACCUAUUUGUACAACAAAGAAACAGAAAAAAGAAAUCUACCAUGAACCAAAAAUAAAAGGCAAAUGAUGAACCAAAAAAAAUUUUGCAAAAUAUAUGAUAAAGAAAAAAUAUGAAAAGGGGUUAGUGUCCUUUCAAUGUAAUGAGCACUUAUAAAUCAAUAAAAACAAUUCCUAUAAAAGAAUGGGCAAAGGAUAUAAAUAGGUAAUUUACAUAAGAAAUGUAAAUGUCUAAUAAUAGUCAAUAUUCUUACUGAUAUUCCGCUUUUUAUCUUUCCAGUUUUUCUCCAUAAAGAACAUGUGGCAUAUGUAUAUGUGUGUGUGUGUGUGUGUGUGUGUGUAUAAUAUAUAUAAUGAAAGAUCAUUCAGCCAUAAAAAAAAAUCCUGCCAUUUACAACAACAUUGACAGACCUUGAGGGCAUUACAUUAAAUGAAGACAGACAAAGAAAGAUAAGUACUAUAUGACCUCAUUUUUUUUUUAUAUGAUCUCAUUUGUAUGUGGGAUCUAAGAAAACCAAAUUCAGACACAGAGAACAGAUUGUUGGUUGUCAGAGGCAGGGAGUGGGGAGGUUUGGGGGGCUGAGGGAAGUGGCAAAAGGUGGUCAAAAAGUCCAGACUUUUAAUUAUAAGGUAGAUGAGUUCUGGAGAUGUAAUGCACAACAUGGUGACUAUAGUUAACAAUAUUGUGUAUUUGCAAGUUGCUAAGAGAGCAGAUCUUAAAAGUUCUCAUCGGAAGGAAAAAAUGUAACUAUGUGAGGAGACAGAUGUUAACAAAAUUUAUUGUGGUAGUCAUUUUGCAACAUUUACAUAUAUCAAAUCCCUAGGUUGUAUACCUUAAAUUAAUAUAACUGAUAUAUAUGUUGAUUAUAUCUCAAUAAAACUGGAAAAAAUUUUAAGAUAAAAAAUAAUGGUGAUUUGCUGUCUUAUCAAAGGUACAGUUUUCUUAUCUCAAUAGUCCUACUCAGUAAUUCUAAAAGUAAAGAAACACCUUCCUUCAGGACAGAUCUAGUUUCUGGUUCUGUACUUAUUUCAAAAGCUAUAAGUUUUUAGUUCUCCUGCACCCUAAAAGCUUCUUACACUUCAACAUCUUUGUUCCUUCCAUAACUUCAUACCUAAUCUUUUUAAUUUUAAAUGUAUUGUUCUCUUUAAUGAAAGAGUGCAUUGCAAUGAAUAAGUAGCUGAAGAAACUGCAUGUUUGUAUUUUUGAAGACAGGAGUAAAGGACUUACAAGAUCACACAAGGCACAUGGCACAGAUACAUGUUGAUACAACAAGGGUUCUUGAAUUAAAAAUAUAUGUAAUUGUUAAUAUGCCAUUUUCAUCUCUCCAGCUGGUAGUGUUCGUUUUUUCUUCAAGUUUUCUAAUGUUUGUUCAUUAGAUUGGCUCAGCCUUUUAGCAGGAAAAUUUGGUAAUAAGAACUGUAUCAAAAGCCUUGGAAUGUUUCAUAACCUUACAUUGAGAAAUUCCACUUCUAGAAAUUAAUUCACUUCUAGAAACAAUCAUGAGUAUGCACAAAGAUACUACCACAAAAGCAUUUUACUGUAUUGUUUUUAAUAGGGAAGAACUAGAAACACGUUAGAUUUCCAAUAAUUCAGCUUUGGUAAAAUGCAUUACGAUACAUUCACCAGUGGCAUACUACGUAGCCAUUAAAAAUGUACACUAUUUAGGGGCUCCUGGGUGGGUCAGUCAUUGAGUGCCCUAUUCUUGAUUUUGCCCCAGGUCAUGAUCACAGGGUUGUGGGAUUGAGCCUUGAGAAGGGCUCCACACUGAGCCUGGAGCCUGUUUGAGAUUCUCUCUCUCUCUGUCUCUCUGUCUCUCUGUCUCUCUCUCCCUGCCUCUCUCCCCCGCUUGCAUGCUCCCUUUCUCUCUAAAAUAAAAUUUUUAAAAAUUAAGAAAAAAUACAUAGACUAUUUAAUGACAUGGAAAAGUCCUAACAGUAUUCUUUUUAGUGGGGUGAAAAGCCAGCUUACAAAACAGCUUACAAUGAUCUUAUUCCUAAAAAUAUGUGUUCAUUCACAGAACAAUUGUAGAAAAAAUAAACAUUGACACUUUAAGGGGUUCUCUCUGGAGAAAUUGUAGGUAGCUGUUAUUUCCUUUUUUGUGUGUCUUAUCCAUAUUGUCGAAGUUUUCUAGAACGUAAAUGAACAUUUCCAUGAUAUGAAAAUGACGGUAAAACGUAUUCUAUAAAACGGAACAACUCACUGAAAGAAUGUUUAGCGUAGAACUUGCUGUAACAGUGUCCUGUCUCUUAACAAGUCACUUCUGUGGCUCCUUCCUCGGGAGGGCCCCAGGAGAGGCAGGGAUCGCCAAGGCCUCCUCCCAUUUGAAGCCUUACUAGAGGCCUGUGGUCUGCCUCUUGGUCAUGUAGAAUCCAGCUUUGGGGAAACUGCAAAGUAACCCAAAGUUUGGGAAGUAGGUUUAUAGAGUCUGAGCUAGAAACUCCUUCUCAGAGGAUCUAGUUUCUCCGCCCACGUUUUCCUCAAACAGAAACUAAGGCCUACUUCGGGGCUUGUCCAAGGCCACACAGCCAACUGAAUGACAAGGUGAGGCCUUGAAUCCUUGGCCUUUCCGCCCGGUUGUAUUUGUGUAAUACGCAGAUUUAGACCGGCCCUUCUCAUACUUUAAUGUGCACGGGGAUCACCAGGGAUCUUGUUGAAAUGCAGAUUUUGAUCCGGCUGGUCUCGGUGGGCCACUUCUAACCACCUCUCGGGGCGUGCCGUUUUUUGCUGGUCUGGGGAAUCGCAGUUUAAGUAGCAGUGGUGUAGAGCACAGAUUCUGGAGCCAGACUUCAGCUUCCAGGUCCUGGCUCUGCCACAGGCUAACUAUGAUUGUUACCCGCGCUGUGCUUCAGUUUCGUCAUCUGCGAAAUCAGUUUAACACCUGAGAGUUUUCGUGAGGAGUUAAUAAGUUGCUACACGUUAAGUGCUUAGGUCGUUGUGCACUACGAAGUGCCCAGUCGAUUAUCAUUCAUAUUGCCCAGAGCAAUCAGCGGGUGCAGUAGGGUUUGUCGAAUGAAUGAAUAACCUUUGGAAAAAAGUUCUUUCCCGGGAGGCUAGCGUCUGAGAAGCAAAAGGGGAGGGCUCGUCGGAGGGGAAGAGGCCCACCUCCAAGGAGCUUCUCUCCAGCGGGUGGUCAGAAGGGCCGGGAGCACCCGGAAGCCGGCCGGCCCGCGCCCCGCGGACCAAUGCGGCCGCCCGGGGGGAGGGGGCGGCCAGCCAGCCCUUUCCGUCUGGGGCUCCGGCGGCCCCGCCCCUUGUGCGUUGAGACGCUCGCAUUCCACGGUUGCUACAUCGUCGCGAGGGGCGGGGCGCCUGUCAGGGAAGCGGCGCGCGCGCCGGCGCGGGCGGGCUGGGGCUCGGCCGCGCAGUGCCAGCGCCAGCACCAGACCCGCGCCCCGCGCAGUCCCGACCGCCGCCUGCGUUCUGGCUCGCGAGUCCCAGCUCCCGCCCGCCCGUGCGCUGCCCGAGUAUGGAGCUGCUGUGCUGCGAGGGCACCCGGCACGCGCCCCGGGCCGGGCCGGACCCGCGACUGCUGGGGGACCAGCGUGUCCUGCAGAGCUUGCUCCGCCUGGAGGAGCGCUACGUGCCCCGCGCCUCCUACUUCCAGUGUGUGCAGAGGGAGAUCAAGCCGCACAUGCGGAAGAUGCUGGCUUACUGGAUGCUGGAGGUUUGUGAGGAGCAGCGCUGUGAGGAGGAAGUCUUCCCCCUGGCCAUGAACUACCUGGAUCGCUACCUGUCCUGCGUCCCCACCCGAAAGGCGCAGUUGCAGCUCCUGGGUGCGGUCUGCAUGCUGCUGGCCUCCAAGCUGCGCGAGACUACUCCCCUGACCAUCGAAAAACUGUGCAUCUACACCGACCACUCUGUCUCUCCCCGCCAGCUGCGGGACUGGGAGGUGCUGGUCCUGGGGAAGCUCAAGUGGGACCUGGCUGCUGUGAUUGCCCAUGAUUUCCUGGCCCUCAUUCUGCACCGGCUCUCUCUGCCCCGUGACCGGCAGGCCUUGGUCAAAAAACAUGCCCAGACCUUUUUGGCCCUUUGUGCUACAGAUUACACCUUUGCCAUGUACCCACCGUCCAUGAUCGCCACGGGCAGCAUUGGGGCUGCAGUGCAAGGCCUGGGCGCGUGCUCCACGACUGGGGACGAGCUCACCGAGCUGCUGGCAGGGAUCACGGGCACAGAGGUGGACUGCCUGCGGGCCUGUCAGGAGCAGAUUGAAGCUGCGCUCAGGGAGAGCCUCAGAGAAGCCGCCCAGACCUCGCCCAGCCCGGCGCCCAAAGCCCCCAGGGGCUCCAGUAGCCAGGGGCCCAGCCAGACCAGCACUCCCACAGAUGUCACAGCCAUUCACCUGUAGCCCCGGAGAGGCCCCCUCCAGUGGCCACUGGCAGCAGAGGAAGGGACACCGCCACCCCCCCUCCCUGCCUGCAGGAACGAGCCACGCCAUGCCACGCCAUGCCACAUCGGAAGCCUGAGGGGGCCCCCUCCUGUUCGCCCCUCCCCAAGCUGAAGGGGGCAGGCCCUACCUAUCCCUGCAGUGUGCACUAAGGGGCCUGGCCAGCUGUGUUUGGGUGGCCCGCCAGGCUCCUCCUUUUCUCUGCAUCUGACCGGCUCCGCUCUUUCCUGAUCCUAGCUGGCGGUGGGCCAGGCUGGUCGGAAAUGAAAUUGAAGUAGGUAAAAUACAUGCAUCAGCGUUCCUUUUUGAGGCCCCUUUAUUUCUGGGGCUCUCGUGUUCUCAAAUGCCAAAAUGCCCCCAGUGCCUUGUAAAGGUGUUGCACCUUCCAGAGUUAAUGUAUUUGGAUCGGGGUCUUUCUGAAGAGAUCUCAGAGAUGCUGACAGACAUGUGUGAGGGGAAACAGUCUGGACAGCUCCUCCUGACACGCUUUGGAGGCCCCAAUAUAAUCCGUGCGCGCAGCUGCUCCUAGAGGGAGGGACCAGGCCUCUGUCCGAGGGGCGGGCAAGAACCAACCAAUCCCUCCUUGCUUUGCUUUCCGCUCAGCUUCUCCUGUGUGAUUGAGGGGGGUUAGGGUGAAGGAAGAGGUUGUUUUAAUUUAUUAAUUGCUUUGAGGACAACUGAAAGAGGGUGUGGUGGGGCCCAUCGACCCCACACGCGGUGGUAACCCUGGUGGUUGCUGCAUCCCUCCCCUCUGCUACUGGCUGGAGGAUCUUUGUGGCCAAGGAGCUGCUACAGCCUGGGGUAGGGCCAUGCCCUCCUCUCCCUCUGGCCCUCUGCCCCUCUCUGGGGGGUGGGGGAUAGAGUAGGGAUAAACUGGAGGUGACUGAGCCCCUGUCUGGAGAGGGAGGCAAGCCCUGUUGACACAGGUCUUUCCUACGGCCACAAGGUCCAGGCUGGUGGCCCAGGACCAUCAUGCUACCUUAAUAAAGAUUCUGGAAUAA